AUGCGAAUCCUCGCGCUGGCAAGCAUACUGCCCCGCGCUGAGAACAUAAAGAGCAGUGCUACACCCUUUUUUCACUUGUGCCUUUCAGGUGAACGACAGCCACUGACCGACAAGAACAAAACCGACCCGGGAAACUUGGGCAAAAGCCUCGAUCCUCUGUAUCAAUCCGUGAAUCCGUUUCGGCCCGUCGUCCCCGAUACACAAUUACCAAACCUCCAUGUCAGUAAGAAUCCCGUGCAUAUUGCCAAAGUCAACUGCGCGGAAAUAGGUUUCAUUAAAUUUGUUUUAACCCAUCAAAGCACCCCAGACGACCUCGGGGCUCGCGACUUGGAUAUAUCUGCGGGCCUGCUUUUGGCUUUGCACGCAUUCUCGAUCUUUGGUCAUUUGCCAAUCUAUGACGCUGAAAGCGACCGAUUAAUUUCUGAAUGGCGAUACUUGGCUAGCGCGAUGCAGCGUGCUGGGCAACAUGGCGCUUAUCCAGACAACCCUUACUAUUCAGGUUAUGAUCCGCCUCGAUCUCGCUUUGGUAUGAUGCCUGUAGGUCGGUUCCCUGGCAGUAUUGGUGUAGACGACUUAGAUACUGCCUCUGCAUCGUCCAGUUCGUUUGGUUCGCAUUCCAGCUCAAGAUCUGGUGGUGGAACCUUUCAGCCUGGUUUACCAGGUCACGAAUUCAUGGUUACCAUGGAGACCAUACUACAGACUGUGGUGAACACUGAGGAUCAUCCACACUUCGGUGAACAGAGCAGUCAUCAAGAAUUUCCUCCGAGACUGUUAACGCCAUCGGCUCUUCUUGAUCACAUGGAUUUUCUCAUCAAGGUUAGACGACUUCAGGUCACUGUCGGUGCCUCCAAGUGGUCAUUUGAGGACUUGUGUCAACGUGCAACUUUGCCAUUCGGUGCGGGAAUGCAUCAUAUUCAGGCUUAUCUGGAUAUGAUAAUCCCGUGCUCGGUCAUCACACCACUGGAUUGCUUCUGGGAAGGCGCCAAGGUCCUUGGGCCUGAGGAAGGCAGAUGGGUUCCUUGGCCUCAUAAGCUCGGGGAACAAACGCUAUUCCAGUGGACGCACAUCGACCCAAUUGGAUUGCUGGAAAAUCUUCGGGAUCGGUAUCAGAAUUAUUCGGGCACAGAACUUGGAAAUCUGAUAAACUUAUUCCGUUCAGCCGGCAUCAACCACGGUUACUUGAAUAAGACUUGUCUGGAUCCAAGUGACCCAGCUUGCCCCGUUUCUGCGCCCAACUAUCGAGGCCAGGCUCCAAACGUGCCCCGAGUGCUGACUGGUGGAUGUCCAGGUUUUGCUGGCAAUAUCCUGCAUUGGCCAGAGGAAAUCAUUAUUGGUGGUCGUGUUCAUUGGUUUAGAAACUCCACUAAUACCGAUUCUGGGCACCUGGCAUCAAACCUCACAUCGGACAAGUUUCUUGUUAGUGCAAGUGCACUUCAAUCCCUUAUUCUCUUGCGGUCGCCACGUGACCUGUACGAAGCAGUCAGGCUUAAUGACCCUUACAAAUACGAAGGCUGGACAUUGGCGGACGCACAACAUGUUUUGGAUGAAUGGCGCCGUUCCCUUCGCAGACUCGUCUUGGAACACAACUUAGGACUACAACCGAAUACCGAGUGGCAGUACUACGCCUUCACCGACAACUCUCUGCGUGAUUUGUUGCGCGAACUCACUCUUCGUUUAGGACCCAUCAAGGUUAUUGGAUGCGUCUUACUCGUGCUCUUGUAUGGUCUCGUCUGUCUGUUAGACUGGCGUGAUCCCGUGCGAUCUCAGUGUUGGUUCGCUUUAUCUGGUCUGGUGCUGACGGCCGUUGCCUGCUUAGCUGGUCUCGGAAUUUGCGCAGCUCUCGGGCUUCCGUUCAACGUUCUCACUAUUCAGGUUCUUCCGUUCAUGUUGAUGGGCCUCGGCUUGGACGGGAUUUUCAUGUUGACCACCUGUUAUCAAUGCUGUAUCACUCGUCGAACCGCAGCAUCCGCAAAGUGCGAUUCCCAACUGACUCCAUGGGCUUCGACAACAUCCAUAUCUACUUGCUCAUCUUCAUCAACGUGUUCCACUUCAUCCACCAGCCUGUUGUUACAAUCAGCGCUAGUUCUUGCAGAACAUGGUCCAAGUCUACUUUUCGGAACCAUAGCCAUGUCCGGGGCUUUCUUCUCAGCGGCUUACAUUCCCAUUCCACUGAUGAGGCAGUUCUGUUUGCAGGCCGGAACGCUUGUCUUAAUUCAGUCUGCCAGCGUUUUCCUAGUAUUCCCCUGCCUUCUCAAACUGGAUGGUAUUCGACGUUCACAGCGGCGAGUGGAUGUUCUUUGCUGUCUGCAACAACCAAAAGCGAACACAUCACCCGAUUCACACCAGCGCCUGUGUGAAAUGUCAGCGGAACGUACCGCUUCAACCCAUCGAUGUGACUAUCCUACGUUCAAACAGCCUGAUUACAUUUCUCGAUCGCAUGAGCGCAAACCAACUUUGCUAACAUCUACCACCACUACCGCUGCCUGUAUGGGUUGCUCGGCGGUUAAGCGGUCCCGGAGUCGUACUAAAGGCUCAGCUACUCACCGUUUAUGUUCAUCGAUCCAAGUCAAUGUGGUCAACCAUGUGGGCAGCUCCAACGCCUCUUGCACAUCAUGCAGUAAUCCUGUCGGAAAUUCCCCGGUCGGUCCACUUCAUACAGUCCAUACGACUGUCACAGUCACUAAUUCCGACCACGAGACACCACCCCAUGCUGAUGUAACCAGUCGCCCAAUGACCGUGAAUCAGGACCAAUCGGUUUUGAGUGAGCCACUUCACCGACCCCCUGAACGUGCACAAGAAGUGUCGGCCAAUGUUUCAAGUGAUUCUCACCGUCGAGACCUCCAGAAAUCACGUUGCAGUGCAUUCGCCUCGCCAGAUCCUACUUUUGGUCGCAUUCGGGCCCCAUUUCUUGUUCGUCUUGCUCGCCGUUUUGCUCUCUUUCUUACGUGCCACUGGGCAGUUCCGUUACUUGUUUGUUUGUCAGGGGUCGGUCUGUUCGUAACUGCCGGAUUCGUGGGCAACUAUCGGUUGGAACUAGGAUUGGACUUAUCGAGCUUGACCCCUGUGGAUGCUGUAGAGUAUGGCUUUGUCAAACACUCGGACCUUGCUUUCGGACUCUACAAUUUCCAGGUAUUCGCCCGAGGAACAGAUCUUCCCGGUUCCCGCCCGCCCCCUUCGUCUCUCUUAGGAAUCCGAGGAGCACUGCCUCGCAAUAAGGAUGGCUCGAAAUUACCCGUUAUCCCUUCUUCAGUUGUUGUCGACACCCAACCCAGAGCUCGCACUAGCCGAGCUACGGUCGGGCGCGGCAUUGAUUUCCCCAUACAACAACGCCAAUUGUUACAUCUGUACAACCGAAUCUCACAGCUUUCUGGGGUAAUGAUGGCUGGACGUUAUUUCUGGCUAGAGGCGAUGCGAACAUGGCUGGAAGAAGUUCAAACGGCUUUUGACAUCGAUCGGGAACGCGGUGUGAUUUCGGAGAAUGGACACUGGAGUAGUAAUGCCACGGAACUGGGUGUUUUAGGACUGCGGCUCAUCAUACAGACAGACCGAGGUCCAGAGCUCCGACGUAUUAAGACUGGACGUCUGGUUCGUGGGGGUAUCAUAGAUCCUCCGGCUUUCUACGUUCUGCUUAGUGCGUGGCGCACUUAUGAUGCUUUGAACUUCUCUUCACCAGCCUGGAUGAUCCACCCGGAACCCAGUUUAAUUCAGAUCGAUAGAUAUCGGGCCGUCGGUAGACCACACGAUUUACACGCAAUCCCCCCUGCAGAGCCAAUAGAGUUCGUUCAAACUAAUUUUUACGCUGUUGGACUGAGUGGCAUGCGUUUGCAGUUGAAGCUCGUCAGGGACGUGCGCUUUUUGACGGAGAGUGCUACCGCUCAGGGUGUUCCCACUUUUCCAGCUGGUACUCCAUUCACAUUCACCGAACAUUAUCUGUACUUGGCUCGGGAGUCAGCCGUUGCUCUGGGUAUUUUCUUCGGUAUAAUUUUCACGGCUUCUCUGCUCCUGUUCUCAUCACCUGUCAUUGUACUCCUAUUAGUGUUGGUUGGUGGUGGAGGCGGAGUUUGUGCUGCCAUAUGCGGUCUUGUUCUUUUGGGCUUGGAAGUGAAUCCAAUUUCUUCUGGAUUGAUACUUUUCUCUGCGGGCCUUGGUGCCCGCACUGCAGUGGGAUUCCUGGGGAGUUGGUCAAAAGCUCAUGGCUAUUCAUCAUUCUUUACUCGCCUUUCUAAUCUUCAUUCAACAAACGGACGUGGAUUUUGCGUGUGCAGACAUCAUGGCAACCACAAACCAGGCUGUUCGUCUACCACUACCCAGUACUGCAGCACACGGCGCAGUCUGAAGUCUUCGGUGGUCCCAGUUAUACCUGUAGAAUCACUGGAGAAGCAAGAAGAUUAUAUCACUCAUUCCCUUCGAACGAAUUCCUUUCCCCCUUCGGUGAGGUCCAGUGACCGCAGUGUCAUUUGUGGCAGUUCGGCAAGAACCCAUUUUGUGCGCAGUUUGAGCAGUCAGUUUGCCUCCUCUCUACACUCGAUUGUUGGUCUUGUGGUAGCCGUGGCAUUGUUGGCCGCUUCUCGUGUCAAAUUCAUAGCUGACUAUUUCUUUUCUUUAGUGGUUGUGGUCAGCAUCAUAUGCCUGUUCAACGCAACCUGCCUCAUACCCACGCUGUGUCAUCUUCUUCAUCCACUUCAUCAAUACUUCGUGCCGGUGAGUAUCGUACAACAUUCAGCUAGCCGGAAGACGACUUCUGUUGUGAGAAGCCGCCGGUUCCAGAACAAGUUACGCUCUAUUGAUUCCGCCCUCAAGGACGAUGGCGAAAACCCACCGAAGAAGAUUUCUUUAUCUACUUCAUGGCCACUCGCUUCCUCCCCUUCCACACACACCGUGACAACCCAUUUCCCGGAUUUUCUUCCGAUUGAUAAACACGCAUGUGGUGAGCGACAACAACAAUCAGUACAAGAGGCAUCCGCAGCAUCAGCUCAUAGCCCCACAAUUCCAACGGCCACUCUAAUUCAACCCGUUACGUUGCGCACAACUCCGGUUAAGUUGCUGAGCGAGUAUACAAGCAACCAAUUGUACGACUUAUGCAGCAGACAAUUACGUGAACUGGCUAACGUAAAAUCACGCCAGGUGAACACCAGUCAGUCUAGUCGUUCUACUGCUUCGCCAGACGCAGCUGCGGCUGCAGCCGCCGUUGUAAUGGCAGCAGCAGCUGCGGCUUCUGCUCGCUCCAGACCCGCUAGCUUGAGCACCAUAUCAGAAGAACCUUCUCAUGCGAGUUCUAUUGUAAGCCUUAAUCACAUUACAUCAUCGGGCGGCGGCGGAAUUCAGGAGAACCCCGGAUUUGCUCCUAAUACUGUCUCUUCCCGUUCCACAGUUUCCGAAUCUCGGGGCACUGAUUCAAUCGAUCUGCUAGACUUGUCUAAACUGCUGACUAAGCACGGUCCAGCUAUCAACCUGUUGCGUCAAUUCUCUGUGUUUCCGCCAGAGUUCGGGCUACAUGACGAUGGGAAAAGACCAGCUCCCGGCCAUCCGCAUGACUCCGAAGAUGAAGCGGAAUGUACCUUCCUGGCUUUUGGAACCACUCAAAAGCCCAGAUUUUCUGGGCGCGGCAGGCUUACUCCAUCCCCACCACCCUCCUAUACGACUGCUGUCGAAGAAAAUAGGCAUUUAUGUGAAUCACACCAUCCGAACCUCUCCAACACGUCCGAGUCAGCUCCUCUUGGUCACUCUCUCGUAAACAGCCCAUCAGUAAACAGCAGCUCACUGAACUCUUUUUGUCCUUCUCUGUUAAAUCCUUCCACUGUCAGAAUUCACGCACAAAAUCCUCGUGCGCAAUCUUCGGUCGGUCAGCACCGUCAUCCGGGGACUCGAUACUGCUUUCCAUCCGGUUCUGCAGUCGAGACUCCACGUUUGCACCGAACAUCUGCAAAGUACGCAAACUGCCGCCACCAUGAUGAAACCAGGUGAUGAUGGAUCUGGUUAUCAUUUAUGCCAACAUCUGUGUUAAUUUCAUUUUGAUGAAAACAACGAGAUGCAUUUGUGUACAGCCUUUUUACUGAUUUCGGUUAGCAUUAAUAAUAAACGCACGUGUCUUUACUACACCUCUCUUUGGGCAAUCUACCUUUGUAUUUAUUUCUUGGAUCUCUGUCAAGCGUACACACCCUGUUGAUAAAACUGAACCACCAACGUUGUCUGCUACUGUUUCGCUUUCCUUCCCUUCUGUAUGGUUCAUGAUUUUUGUAUUUUAACUUCGUUGAUCAUCAAUAUCCUCAUGUGCAUAACUGGUUCUUUUGUAAGGUUACGCGUGCUGUAUCGUAAGCUGACUAUCGAACCAUGUCUUUCUGUACCCUUUUCUUCAGUGGUUUCUCGCGGCUAUUUCCGAGAUCUCAUUUCGCACCCUUAUUCUUUACUUUCACAUGUACCCUGCUCUCUUUUUCUUGAAAUCGUUUACUCUCAUGUACAGCUGCCACUGUAUUUUUAUCAUUUGAUCGACCCACUGCAUGGCUCUUCAAGCUCUACUACUCUGUUUCGCUUCCUGUGCCUUCUUUUUUGAUGCUGUUUGUCUUGUUCUAUCCCCUUAACCCCGUUUACUCCGGCUCCUCAACUGGACGUCAGAGCUCCACAAGGUCAGCAUUCUCUGCCAUUGCGAGCAACGUUUCUAGCUAGCUAUCAACACGGAUGUGCUUUAAUCAAGCGUACACUUGAUGGAUGUGAUGACCUUGUCACGGUCAGGUCUAUUGCAUUUGUUUUACCGCUGCUCCCAGUGACCCUACCCAUGUCAAGUGUAACCGUCGAUGGUUGUGCGGUGGUGUUUUCUCGCCCUUCCUCCCUAUGGUGCAUUGCACUACUCAUUUCUGAAGCAUUUCUUUUUUUCUUACCCUAUUCAAUCAAUAAAACGCAAG